AGUGCAGCUGUCAUUAAUUUAACUUUUUUUUUGAUGAUUGAUUGAUAAUGACUAGGGUCGCGUCUUAAGAACUUUUAUUAAAAUUAUUGUUUUAUUAUUAGUAAUCGGAUCGAUAACAUUUUUCCAAUUUUAUGAACAAUUAUGAUUCAAUAAAAAAUUUAUGAUUGUGAAUUAUUUCAUGAUGGAGUCGGCAAUGCAGGAUAGUCACAAGUCUUUUCUUAUUAAAGACCUUCUUGGUGAUGUUCUCAGACCAGGAGUAGGUCUUCCAGGUAAAGCACAAGACGAUGAAGAGGGUACCAGUCGGUGCGAUUCAGUAACACAGCACCUCGAAAACUCCGAAGAUGACAUUUCGGUUGGUGACAAUCGUUCGGAGACAUCAACACCAAAGAUACCGUAUACAUAUGAUAGCGAAAGAAAAGCGGAAAAGAGGAAAAUGGACGAAGACUUCAAUCAGAACGAGUACAACUCCAACAGAUUACCAAAUUCAAAUUUCAACUCACCUUUCAAAGAGGACGAUAAUGAUUAUGAAAGGGAGGAGUCAGUUAAAAUGUAUGACACCUCCUUGUUCCAUUUGUAUAGACCAGAGAGGAAAGAGGACGGGGAGGGGUUCGGGAUGAGCGGCUCCAUGUCUGACAACAUUUAUGCUCGAUCCAUGGACCUUACCAAGAACACAUUUCAGUCACAAUUGCUGGUGGGCUUCGCUGCUUCCGUGAUGGCUGGGGGAGCACAGAAUGAAGGUCAGGAAGGGGCAGACCGGCAGCCAUCAAGUCGCAGUACAGCCAGCACGGGCCGCAAGCCGCGGCGGCGACGCACGGCGUUCACUCACGCGCAGCUGGCUUACUUGGAGCGCAAGUUCAGGUGCCAGAAGUAUCUGAGCGUGGCUGACAGGGGCGAUGUGGCGGACGCGCUGAAUUUGAGCGAGACGCAAGUUAAGACCUGGUAUCAGAAUAGACGAACUAAAUGGAAACGGCAGAACCAACUCCGUCUCGAGCAGCUGCGUGCGCAGGCGGCGAGCGGCGAGCGCGAACUGUCACAUUCCCUGCCCCUCGCGUGCGCCCUCCUCCCCCCCUACCCCGCGUAUAUGCAUUGCCAUCUAUGAAAUACCUGUAAUGAGAAUAAUUUUAUUGACUGUUAAAAGAAACGUAAAUAGAGAAAUGUGAAGGGCGCACAAUCGUAUAAUGUAUAUUUUAAAUUAAUUAAGCAUAAGAUCAUGUUUUC